AUGGGUGGGAAUGUGAGAGAAGCAGAGUUGUUGCCUCUGAGAGAAUGUGUAGCUAGAUGUGGGUUGAGUGAUCUCAAAUCUACUGGAGCAUUCUACACCUGGAAUAAUAAACAAGAGGGUGAGGCCAGAGUCUUCAGUAAGUUGGAUAGGGCUCUAUGUAAUGAUAAGUGGCUGGAGAUGUUUCCUACUUCUGAAGCUUGGUUCAUGCCUGAAGGGUUAUUUGAUCAUAGCCCAAUAUUAGUGAGAGUCCAUAAGGAAAUUGUGCAGGGGAACAAGCCUUUCAAAUACUAUAAGAUGUGGAGUAAAGCUUCUAAUUUUCAGAGAAGGGUUAGGGAUGCAUGGUCCACAAAUGUUACUGGCACUGCAAUGUUCUGUGUAGUCCAGAAAUUGAAGCAUAAAGAAGGAAAUGAAACAGUUGAAUAA